GUUCUGCCCUUAUGGAUCUGUGACUGGUAGGUGCAAUUACAUCAACUUUAGAAGGAAUAUGGUAUGCUUGAAUUGUGAUUAUAGAAGGCCUAAAGCAUCAAAUUCAAAGGGCUUGUCUCAACGAGAGCAUGAUGCUGGAAAUCAUCAUCAAGGUCAUGGAGCCGUUGAAGAUAGAAAUUCUAUGUGGUCUCUGAGAAGAAAUAGUCAAAUGCAAGUCACAAAUAGGUGGAGAUUUGUGCAUGGAGAGAAUGGGGUCACUGAGAAACCAAAGUUAACAAACUCAUUGAACGAGGUUUCUGGAAUUCUUGAUUUUACAAUUGCAGGAGGCAUGAGCGAUGUGUCUCGUGACACAGAAAAGAGGGAAAUGUGGAAACUGAAGAUGCUGGAAACAAGCAGAAUGACUGCAGAGGAAAAGGCAAAUCCAGAUGAGCCACGCUCAUCCAGAAUUUAUAGGAACUCAGAAUCACCAGACUUUGAGGACGAUGAAGAAAUGGCUGAAUGGUUCGGCAGUGGGAAGACGUGAGUAUAGAUGCCUGUACAUGUAAUUGGCAAGAACCAAAUUCAUUCGUUUCUUUGCCUCCAUAGGUUUUCCAGGAUACUGCCUUCUAUUUUCCAGUGGACAGUAAACUAUUCAUCUCGUGCAAUCUUGCUGUUGA